UAUUUUUUGUGUUGGGAUGGGUUUAGGGUAAUGUAUGAUCCCAUUGGUAGUAUAUGUCAUGUGCGGUCUUGUUAUAUGAGGUAGUUGAAAGCCAAUAAUUUAUGUGAAUUACACUUACAUACAUGAGUGAAUAAUAUUUGUUGUUAAUUAUUGCAGGGAGGUUAGACUGUAGAAUCCACUUCCCUAUAAUACUGAAAUCCUUCUGCGAUGAACAAGAAACAAAAAACAUCUUCAGGGCAGAGUGUUGACUUGAUGGAGGCAGGUGCUCACUUCGAUUCCCGGUUAGCAACAGCAAUAGGAAAAUUCAUCAUUGAGGCUGGACUUGGGCAGGAUGUUCUCAACUUGACAUCUUUCAAGAAGAUGCUUCAAGUGGCUUCCAACAAGGAUCAGGUUGCUAUUCCUACGUACGAAUCCAUUCUGCAGGAGGAGCUAAAACAAACUGAGCACCGUGCAAUUGAACUAAAGGAAGAAUGGAAAAAAAGUGGUUUCAGUUUAAUUAUGGAUAGUUGGAAGAGCCAAUGUGGUAAAAGAAGCUUCGUAAGUGCUUCGGUACAUUGCAGCAAAGGUAUGUAUUUCCUCAGAUCAAUUGAUGUCUCUGGAAUCACUGAGGACAUGGAUGAGCUAGUUUUAGUGUUUGCUCGCGUGGUUGAUGAUGUUGGUGCCCGUAACAUAGUACAAGUUAUCACAAAUGAUCCAUCACCACAUAUGCGAAUGGCAUGGCAUUAUGUGCAAAAGAAACACGACCAUUCAUUCUUCGCUCCACUGUGUGCUGACUUCUGCAUCAACCUUCUGCUUGAGAAAAUAGCAGCACUGGAACAUGUCAGUGAGGUCAUAAAGAAGGCAAAGGAAAUAACAAGGUUUAUAUAUGGCCAUACACUGCCAAUGGAACUGAAAGGAACUUACAUCCCGGAGGAGAUUCUGAGCAAAAUUUGUUGCUGUGUUCAUCACUUUAGAGAGGUUGGUUUCUGCAAGAGAAAAUCUAGUACAUAUGUUUAGCUCUCCUGAAUGGGUUUCCUCUGGUUGGGCUUCUCAAGGUUUGUUCAGGCAUAUCCGUGGAAUAGUAAAGACAGAUGAUGUGUUUUGGUGUGCUGCUGCUGAUGUUUUGAAGGUUACAAAACCAAUUGUUGACGUGUUAUUUAAACUAGAAUUUGAGGACUGUCCAAUGGGCGUCUUGUACGAUGCCAUGGAUAGCGCAAAAGAAGAGAUUAAGCGCAAUCUUGGAGAUAAUCACGGUCCUUAUUGGGAUUUAGUUGACAGGAUAUGGGAUUCUUACUUGCACAGCCCACUCCAUGUUGCUGGUCAUCUGCUAAACCCAAGGGUCUUCUACAAAGAUCCUUCCCAUGAUGAUCCUGAGGUCAGAAGUGGUAUUGAGGCCUGCGUAACCGGAAUGGCCAAAGGGCGUUAUGAUCCAGGGAAACUGGAAGCACAGAUUGAAGUAUAUAAAGGAAAAUCGGGUACUUUUGGUUCAGAUUCAGCAAGUCAGCAAAUAGUGGAGAUACCACAAGUUGAUUGGUGGGCGGCCCAUGGUACUGGCACACCUGAGCUGCAAAGCUUUGCAACUCGGGUCUUAAGCCAAACAUGCUUUGGCACUGAAAGGUACAACAUGAACUGGCAGGUAUCCGAGGAGGUGCAUGAGACAAGGCCAUAUAUAAUCCAGGAGCUGUACCGUGGACUGGAGUACGCCCACUACAAUAAUUGUUUCGCUAGUGCAGUCCCAUUCAUAUGCGGUCUUUCUGGGGAUCAGUUUGAUAAACUUGGCAGACAGUUGGGGAGUGAUUGGCUUGGGUAUCCACCUCAUACAGAAGAUAUAGUAAUUGAAACCUGAGUACAUAGAUAUAGCAAAUUUUAUGCUUGAACAGAAUGUGGGCACAAACAAUUGUGGUUAUUUAUGUUGUAACAGAAAUUUUUUUCCUUGACAUUCAUUCAUCAUAACAAUGGCAGAGAACAUAUGGGGAUACCUUUUCGGCACCCCAAAAAUGUGUUACCCAUAUUUUCUUA